UGCGUCUGUGUGUGUGUGUGUGUGUUUGUCUUUGUGUGCGUGUGUCUGUGUGUGUCUCUCGGCAUGUGUGUGUCUGCAUGUGUGUGUGCGUGUGUCUGUAUGUGUGUGUGCGUGUGUCUGUAUGUGUGUGUGCGUGUGUCUGUAUGUGUGUGUGCGUGUGUCUGUGUGUGCUGUUGUUUCUGUCUGAGAGUGAGUCUGCAGUGCAGAGCUUCAGACAUGAGCAGUUGAGCACAGAUGUGAUGUGUGUAUUCGACACGCACGCACGCACGCGCUCACACGCACACACACGCACGCACACACACACACACACAUCAGUGAACACUAGUGCUCUGCUGCCUCCUCUGGGUUGUGCAUUGCUAAUAUAUCACAGCUAACAUCGAGUGCUGCGUCAGACUGUGUGUGUGUGUGUGUGACUGACUCCUGCAGGAGUGUGUGUGUUUCUUCAUGUGUGUGUGUGUGCUCUGAAUGGAUGGCCAGUCUGUCGACAUCAGCAGCGGCUCUGUGUACAGAGGUGAAUAUGCCUCUUGCUGCUUUAUUCCUUCACACGUUUACCUGGGCCUGUACAGCAGCCAUUGAUCCCGCCCCCAAGAUUGACGGACAGCAGAGCUCUUCAGUCACUUUACAAGAGAACGUCACUCACCGCUUCAACUGCCAAUCAGAGGGAUGGAAUCCACAAGCCCCUCCCCUGCUCACCUGGUACUUGAAUGGUGAGAGACAGAGCGAGGUGACGGGCAGCCGGGGGGCGGGGCGUGUGGUGAUGACGUCACCGGACGAGACCGGACGUCUGAAGUUCGGUUCGGAGCGGAACAGCACGUUCACACUGCGACCCAAACGCUGGGACAGAGAGCUGGUGUGUGCCGCGCGAAACCCGGCGGGCGGAGACAGUUAUAACGCCAGCGUCACGCUGGACGUGCAGUUUCAGCCGGAGAUUCUGAGGGUGAACGCUCACUACAGCGAGACGUCGGACCCCGGCCUGUCCUUCAUUCUCUUUGCUUUGGUGCGCUCCAACCCCCCCGCCACCAUCAGCUGGGUGGAUCCAUCCGGUCAGGUGCUCGCCAACACUUCCGACUUCCUCAUCCUCGACUCGCGGAGCUACCCGUGGCUAGCCAAUCACAGUCUACACGUCACCCUGAGUAGCCUAUCAGGAAACAUCUCGGUGAACGCCAACAACAGCCUCGGCUCCGCCCACACUAACCUGACCCUCACAGAAUUCCUGCAGUCACGGGUGGAGGUCCCCAUGUUUGGAAUUGUGACGGGCGGAGCUGCCGGAUUCAUCACCCUCCUCAUCCUCACACUCAUGGUCUUCUUUCUCUUACAGAAAGACAAAACCAAAGCCAUCGAGGAGCCGGUGGAAGUGCAUCUUUCCUCAAAAUGCGGUGAUGUGCUGAAGGUCCAGGUGAACAGGACGUAUCUCCCGCGUGAGAACAUGUCUCUCCCAUCACACGUGCACUUGAAUGAUGACGGAGCGCUCUGUAAAGGCGGACAACAGAACUCCAAACACAACACACUGGAGAGAAAGCGCAGGGAUGAGGAAGAUGAAGAUCUGUCUGCGGCUUACGCUGCCCGAGGGUUUGCUAGAUAUCCGAUGGUGGGUUACAUCUAUAAAGUGAGCAGCACCAGCAGUGAUGAGAUCUGGCUCUGAACAUCAUCUACACACACACACACAAUCAUCAGAUCUUCUCAACAUCAGACAUAUCAGAUCUAUGUGUAAAGUGACCUCAUUGAGCCCAGCUGUGCCUAAAGGAACAGUUCAUGAAAUGAUCAUCUAGUCAUUAUUUACUCUGUCAUGUGUCGUUUAUGCCGUUUUAAGACGUUUACUUUUUAAAAUGUGUAACAGACAGAACAACAACAACCACGCGAGUAGAUUAAAGUCCCUGUGAACCGGAAGUUGCGAUCGUUUUUACUUCCGUAUUUUGAUGCAUUUCCGAGUGAAACGAAAUUUCUAAUGAGAACAAUAGUGGGAGUGGCUUUCGUCUUUCUCUGCGAUUUGAUUGGAUGUAUAAAAACAGCUGUUGCAUUUUGAAAUGGAACUGACAGUUGAAGGGGAGGGGUUAACGGAUGCUCCGCCCAAGCCGUCUAACAUACGUCAUCUAAGAUGGACAGUCAUUACAGGAAAUGCAUUUUCAGAUUUUAACUGAAGAUUAUGAGGGCAAACAAUUUUAAACAAGAGAAUGACCCACAUUGAUCAACUAUUUACUACUAUAAACGCUGCAAUAAUUCAUGAAACAAUAGGCACUGUCAUUUUGAAUUUCACUGGGACUUUAAUGACCCGUGUUGUUUUGUGGAUAAUCUCACAUGAAGUGAAGCGACACAGUUCCAGACUUUUGUCAAAUAGUUAUAUUUGAUUUAGUGUCAUGCCAUCAGGACAUUGUGAAUAUACAUCAUGAGUUUUUAAUGAUGCUUUGGUGUUGUUUUGAUGCUCAUGCGCAGAAAACACAAAACAACAUUGAACACUGCUGCUGAAGACAACAGCAGGAUGAGUGAGUCGUGAACUCCUUUAACACUCUCAGUGUCUGGUUCAGUGGCAGUGCAUUAUGGGAUGUCGUCAUCAUUAUAGGAUGGCUUCAUGAAUGUACAUGAGAAUCAUAUUUAAAUGUUUGCAUGGCGGACAAACUUGUGAAAGUCUUUACAUCCAAACACAGUAUUUACCCAGAAUUCUUUGCUGCUAUAUGGAAUGCUGUUUGUAAUAUAAGAUUGUCUUCAAUAAACCGUUAGAUGUUCUGAGAUAAAGAUAUAUUUAAAAGGGUCUAUGUUAAAACCAAAUCUCUCAUCAUUUCGUCACUCUCACGUCACGUCAAACCUGUGUGAGUUUCUUUCUUCUUCAGAACACAACAGAAGAUAUUUUGAAGAACAUCGAUCAUCAAAUAACACUGAACUCCAUUGACUUCCAGUGUAUGAACACAAAACCACUGAGACAUUUCUCAAAAUAUCUUCUGUUGUGUUCCACUGAAGUAAGACUCGCGUAGAGAUUUACAAACACACAAUAGAAUAAAUGAUGGCAGAAUAAAAUGUAGAAUAUGAAAAUGAAUAGAUGCAUGUUGUGCUGUUUGUGUCCAGCAGGUGGCGCAGCAGCAGUCUUUACUCUGAUCUUCUGCGUGAUUUUCUACUUGUUAAAGCUGCUGACUCUGUCUAACAAUAAAAAAACAUAUCAAUAAAUGUAUGUAGAUGACCAGAGAGAU